UGCUGGGUGAACAGGCCCAUUGUUCUGUUGAUUCAGACCUAUGCAGACAUUGUAAGAAGUUGUGAUUAUAAGGAGAUACGGUUCAUCAGUUAUCUGUGUUGUUUCAAAUCCAAACUCGACCACAUUCGUCAGUAAGGAUGCCACGAAUAGUCUACAUACCACCUGACGAUUUUGAACCAUUACCGGAAUGGAUGGAAGGUUCGAAUGUUGGUAAGUCGAGGAAGGUUGGUGGCGGUGACGGAGAGUCUGGGAGACGGAUGAAGAAAGGAAGAGAGCAGAAGACAAGAGGAAGCAGGAAAGAGAUGGAGAGAAUGAGGAGAUAUGAGGAGAGCAUGAAGAGGAAGGCGAAGAUGGUGAAGGAGGAUAGAAAAAGGAGCAUCAUGGCGGAUAGUCCUGAUAUGACACAGAUUUCUUUGAGAGAGGCGAGAAAGAACGGACAGAAAGCAUCUAAGAAUGAUAAAGUGAUCAGAGAUGCAGGAAAGAGGUGGCAGCUGGGAGAUGGAUUCAAACUAACUCUUCAGAAAGACGCAGACAGCACUGGAAGAUCUAAGAGUGGGAGGAAGAAUCGAAACAGGCGGCAUAGAGAUGCGAGGAAGGAGGGUGUGGUUGUUGGGGUGGAGCGAGUUAGAGGCAAAGAGAAGGUGAAGGAAUGGAUGGCUAAAGUCCAUAUGGCGAAUCUGAUGGCCACCAGUGUCCAGGAGGUCAGCUCGGAGUCUUUCAGUAACCACACUGAAAGAAAUGUCGAUGGUUUUGACAUUGUGUCUCCGUGGCCCAUCUCACGCUAUUGCAUGGAAGAUUCUGAUUUCAAGUUAAAAGUCCAAGCUCAUUGCAACAACAGCGACCCCUCAGACAGCCAUGACCUUGGUGAGCGGCCUGUCAAUUUUCUGUACUCCCUGUUUGGCCGCCCAGCACCAGACACCGGGGAUGUCAAGGAACACUCAGAUGAACAGAUGACCCCUGGAGUGAAGUGUCAGAAAAGUGAAUCUAUUCGGAAACGAUUUUCCUCGGCUCUCCAUAGACUCGCUCGCUUCCUCCACAGAUCAAGAUAGACUUGAAACCAACACCGUUCCUUAACUCUGAACUUUGCUGCUGUCACCAUGUGUAAAUUAAUCAAAACUUUGACAGAAUAUUUAAAAAUUGUUUUUGUAUCCAUUUUAAACAUAUUUAAUCAUUUCCUAUUUUAUAUAAUAUGUACAUAAAAAUGCUGUUCAUGUCUUUAACAAGACUGAAUUAAAUCAUCUUCACCAUACAGCUUAUAUUUGUUGCCUGAGUUUG